GAUAUGGAGUAUCCUUGGAUUGAUUUGCCUUUGAGCCAGAUUUCUCUUGGUUGCACCUUUCCUUUCCUUGCCUCAUUUCUUCACCCCUAGCUCCACUGACGCCGGGUGGUGGCAGUUAUUCCAGCCCUUUGGUACAUUUAUUUGUACAUGAGAUACUCGAUCUUUGGUGAUGGAAUUCCUUAUUCGUUGUUGGUUUUGUGUGAUCUCGAGGAUAGCUAGACGGCCAGUUGGUCGCAUGACGGAUAUGUUCAAACUCAAAACAGGCUCUUUCUCGGUUUAUGGAUUGUCAAGCAGGGAGCGGAGCGGAACAUGGCUUGUUGGAUGGCCCCCUUCCUCUCCACGGAGAACUGAUGGUAGGAUUCAGCGAACAGUCCGUUUCUGGUCUCUCACGUUCAAACAGAGGUGUCGGUGUCUCUUUGUCAUUAUAUACCCACGAGAUUUAACUUCUGAUACUCCGCCACUUCCGAUCAACCAAAGGAAAGGCUAUAAACAUGCCAAAGAUCCCCGACUUCAGCUCAACUCGUGCCGGAGCAUACAGGACUGGGUGUCAGUAUGUAACGUCAACAACUCUCCUCUCCACCAACCGUCCCACAGCCUUCCAGCAGCAAGACGACGGCUGUGCGGUACCCAGCCGAUGUCUGUCCGCUGAGAGCGCAGAGAAUGCCUGGGACGGACUGAGCGAAGAGGUGGGAUGUUGAGUGGUGUAGCAGCACUACAAGGACGCCAUGAAUACCGGCGUUUGCGGAUUACACACCGCGGAUAAGGAGCUGAUGCCAAGCCUGGCAGGGCUACGACAAGGUUGCCGGACUCGGCGAUUCGCUUCUGCUGAGUGAGUAGACUCCCACAACGUACGGA